AUGGCAGCGCGCGGGACGGCACCGCCAGGCUUUCUGGAAGUGCCUUGCAUAUCUUUUUAUAAAGCAAAGCCCCAUGCUGCGACAAAAGAGUCGGCCGACCGAUUACUAGAAAAGAUUGCUUCCGGGAACACAUCCGACGUCGGUGAAAGCGAUGACGAAGAUGACGUUGCUCAAGGAAUAAUCGAUGAGAGCAUAACCUCUGGACGCGAAAACGAAGAAAAUGCUCACCAGACUCCUCUAUUGAAAGACAGAGGUCCAGAGGAAAAUGUUGUGAAGAACUUUCAGUGGAGAAAGAGAAGAUUCGACCCACCACCAAAUAUCGACUUCAGCGGCCACGGCGACUGCCUACCUGAGCCGGACGAAACGUGUACGCCGCACACGUAUUUUUCAAGGUACGUGCCAGAAUCCAUUUUCAAGUGCAUGGCGGAACAGACGAAUCUUUACAGCGUCCAAGAAACCCACAAUAAUGUGAACACGACAGCUGACGAAAUAAGGAAGCUUUUCGGUAUCCAUAUUCUGAUGGGUGUCAUUGCUCUGCCUCGCGUCAGGCUCUACUGGGACCCCAUCAUGAAAGUUCCCCUGAUCAGCGAGACCAUCUCUGAGAAAAGAUUCUUCAAGCUUCGCAACACUCUGCAUAUUGCAGCUGAAGCUCCUGGUGAACAAAACGACGAUCGCCUGUGGAAAGUGCGCCCUUUCUUGGAUCAGAUAAGGCAGCGGUGCUUGGAGCUUGCCAUUGAACAAGAAUCGUCAAUUGAUGAACAGAUGAUUCCCUUCAAAGGCCAACUUUCCAUCAAACAGUAUGUCAAAGGCAAGCCGACCCCUUGGGGGAUCAAAGUAUUCGCUCUCUGCGGUAGGAGCGGCCUGCUUUACGACUUUGCGGUUUAUCAGGGGGAAAACACAAUUCCCGCUGAGCUGAAGAAAGACUACGGCCUUUAUUCUGGUGUUGUAGUACAGCUGUCUAAAAGAAUCCCAACUGGCUGUAAUUAUCAACUCUACUUUGAUAAUUAUUUUACGUCAGUGCCGCUCCUCCGCAAACUGCGAAACGAAAAGAUUCUCGCCGCAGGGACUGUGCGGAGUAACAGGCUGGGCAAGUGUCCUCUUGAACCAGCUAAAGUAAUGAAAAAGAAAACGCAAGGAUACUCCACUGAGUAUGUCACAAGUGACGAUAUUGUUGUGGUUUCGUGGAAGGACAACAGCAGCGUAUGUGUGGCUUCCAGCUUCGUUGGAAUCGGAAACCAACAGCAGGUAAAAAAAUGGGACAAGGCCAAGCGUGAACACGUCUUUGUAGAGCAGCCGGAAGUAAUUACCAAGUACAACCGGAAUAUGGGAGGCGUCGACAAGAUGGACUUCCUGCUUAGCCUGUACCGGAUCAAAAUCAAAUCAAGGAUGUGGACGCUAAGAGCACUCUUUCAUUUUGUAGACAUUGCUGUAUGCAAUGCUUGGCUAGAGUACAUACAGGAUCACCCGGACAUGCGGAGGUCAAGGCUACUGGACCUUAUGCAUUUCCGCCUGCAGAUUGCGGAGGCCCUCAUCACGUCUGUGCCAAGCAAGAGAAAGCGUGGGAGGCCAUCACAUGAAAUUGAAGAUGCUCAUAUGAAUCCUCCGCACAAGAAGGCAGCGCGCAUCCAGCGGCCAUGCUCGGAUAGCCGUUACGAUGGCAUGGAUCACUGGCCAGAAGCUCGAGAUCAAGCAGUCCCAUCAAGGUGCAAGUAUGAAGGAUGCAGAGGAAGAUCCCGAAUAUUCUGUAAAAAGUGCCGCGUCCCGCUUUGCCUGACGAAGGACCGCAACUGCUUUUACAGAUUUCAUGUUUGA